GCGGGUGAUUUGUUGCAGGGGAUCCGUUCACUAAACUCCCCGCGCUGCGCUUGUGGCCACAAGAUGAUCGUCAGGCUCUUGAGGCUCGCAUUAUCCAGCUUACCGGCAGCCCUGUCAGAUGCAGUUCUGACAGACUGGGAGCAGAAGGUGGUCUCCCAUGUUGAAGUGGUGGCACAGGAGUUGUCAGAGGCGGCAGUGCCAAAACUCUUGGCAAAGCUCGACUCCACAUCUUUCCGAGAAUAUCUCGACCAAUGCUGCCCAUCUGUAUCGCGGCUCUCUUCGCAAGAGCUUUUGGAACAACUUACCAGACAUUUGGAGGCUGCAGAAGUGGUUUCUGGCUUCCCCGCUGUGAUAGAUCCUGCGCAGAUGUACCCAGACUCUGCUGGCAUGUCGGUGGAUUACCUCAAUGGAUCUUUUUUCCUGAAUGACUGGCAAGCUGUGCUCCUUCACAGUCGUGACCCUGCAGCUGUUUGGCGGAAUGCCUCGAUGCAAUUUGAGGACGUUUCCUGUGACAUGGAAAAGCAAGUUGUGUCAGUUGGAAUUUGGCCUCGGGGCUGCAAUGACCAGCGCGUCGUGCAGAAUUUCACAAUGGGGGCUUGCUACAGCCCUGUCAAGACAAUGGUGCAAUCCUACAAGUGUGACGGAGCAGGCAAUGCAACUCGUUUGGUAUGGCUGGUGAAUGGAAAUGACACACAGCGUGAGUGGACGCUCAACGAGACAGUCCCAUGCCCACAUACGGAUCCAAUUGAUGCAGAGACUGUGAAAGCAGACGGCCAAUGUCAUGGCUCUGCCAUUCAAAACAGCACGCAAGGGUGGGUAAUGCAAGAUCAAGCUGAGGUAUCCGAGUACGGCUUAAAGCCUUUUCAGAAGCAAGGAGCACCAAGUUCCUUGGAUGAGGCCGCAGAACGGCCUGUUUAUUCAUUGAUGAACAACAACCUCAUCGACCAGGGGAGUCCUAUCUACGGAGAUGUUUCUGCAGUUUUUUCCUCGAAGUACAUCCACGGCGGCGCUUUAUUGUCUGCAGUGGAUACUGGCUUCGUCGAGACAUGCUGUCUCGAAAAAAGGAGUUGCUUUCCGUGGGCCCCGCAGCAUGACUGCAAAGCCGUGAGCCCAUUUAAGCAGCUCGGCACCAUGAAGCACAACAAGCAUUUGUUUCUGAUCAAUGAGGACUUUUGGGGGCCAGCAUCAACGCUAAGAAGUAUUUUCAGGAGGAUGGAAGGGGAUUGGGGAGCCCAGCCCCUGCCUGGGACCAAUUUCCUGAACUACUUUGAAGCUGCAGUACUAGGUCAGUUAAAGGCGCCGGCUUCGGUGGCCGGCCUCAAAGAUUGGCAGCCAAUGAUCCAGAGAAAGUUUGUUGCUGGAGUUGGUGGAAAGGACGUUUGUGGUACAACAUUGAGUGAACCAGGUGAGAUUCUUCAUUGGAGCGUUCCCAACACUCUUCGGGACAGAUUUGGGCUUACGCCUUCAACAGUGGGCGAGGAAGAGCGGCAAGGUUUUGGUUUGGGCGCUUGGUCCGAACAACCAGCCUUUUGCCACCAGGCCUUCAGCUAGUGCCCCAGCUUUCAACUUCGAUUUGAUGAC